AUGAUAAAUGAUGAUCAACUUCAAAUUUGUCUUUAUCAUCCUCAUCAAAAUCAAUCUCAUCGAUAUACACGUCAAAUAAUUCGAAUAAAUAAUAAAACAACAUGUCGAGAAGUUUUAAUACAUUAUAUUCCGGAGCCAAAUACAGCUCGACUUGUCGAAACAUGUCUUGGAUUUGAACGAGAGAUUCCACCGGGUGAUUGUUUAUUCGAUGUAAUUACUCGCAAUCAAGCCAUUGAAGAAUUCAAAAUUGUUGUACGACGUGUACAUGGUACGUUAACUGUUCUUUGUUCUUACUGA